CAAAUCGAUACCUGAGUAAACGCACGGUCGGAAAACCUACGCAACAGAUAAGUUUGAGCCUUUAGGAGGGUGAAGUUAUAAUAGAACGCGCAAGCGAACCUGAAACGACAGUAUUCCUUCUCCAAACUCCGAAGACUUCGGUGGUGGAGAAUUGGUGCCAAAAAUUAAAUUAAAAUUUUGAAAAUUAAGUCAAAAUAAAACAAUCAUCAACCAUGGCAGCUGAAGGUCGAACAAUUAUUCCCAUGAGAUAUUUAAUGUCCAUAAUGGGUUGCAUUGGAAUGGCAAUAAUUUAUGGUUUCAAAGUUAAUGUCAGUGUGGCAAUGGUUGCAAUGGUUAACGAAACAGCGAUUAGAUUAUUGUUAAAUGAUCACACAAAUAUUAACGAAACUCUGCAUGAAAUAAAAUCGUCCAAAAUAGAUGGACCUUUUGUAUGGCCUACACCGUUACAGGGUCUAAUAAAAUCUGCUUAUUUUUGGGGCUAUAUAAUAUCUCUCAUACCUGCUGGAAGAAUGUCAGAACUUCUUUCCGCGAAAUGGGUGAUGAAUGUAUCGGUUUUAUUGAACGUUAUCGCUUCGGUUCUAUCACCUCUUGCUGCCAAAAUACAUUAUUCCCUCUUUAUUGCCAUGAGAGUUAUACAAGGAAUAGGCGGUGGUGUCACAUUUCCCGCGAUGCAUGUUAUGGUUUCUAAAUGGGCUCCACCAAAUGAAAGAAGUGUAUUGACGUCCAUCAUUUAUGCAGGAACUGCUCUAGGAACAGUGAUAUCAUUACUUUUGACGGGAAUUCUCGCUCAUAAUUUUGGAUGGCAAUCAGUUUUCUACAUCGAGGGUCUUCUAUGUCUGAUUUGGUGCGUUGGCUGGUGGUUGAUGGUUGAAGACACACCUGACAAGCAAAAACUAUUUAUCUCUAACGAAGAGAAAGAAUAUAUUCAAAAGUCUUUGAAUAAAUCCAUAAGCAAAAAUUCUCACGGUGCCAGUGUUCCUUGGAAAAAAGUUAUCACAUCACCACCGUUUUUGGCAAUUUUAGUCGCUCACUUCUGCAGCAAUGUUGGAUGGUACAUGCUACUCACUGAACUUCCUCAUUACAUGAACCAAAUUCUGGAAUUCAAUUUAAGCGAAAAUGCAGGAUUAUCAGCAUUACCAUUCUUUUGCAUGUGGAUUUUUACUAUGGGAUUGAGCAAAGUUCUCGCAAAUAUGCAGGAAAAGAAUUGGAUUUCUGUAACUGUUUCCAGAAAAAUAGGAACAUUGUUCGCAUCAGCAGUACCAAUGUUGUGUUUGAUUGGUGUUUCUUACGUCGGUAAAAAUAGAUUUCUCGCGGUUGCAUUGAUGACAAUUGGCGGCACAUGUUUAGGAGGAAUGUAUUGUGGAUUUCUCGCGAAUCACAUUGACAUCGCUCCCAAUUAUGCAGGGACACUAGUUUCAAUUACAAAUUUCUUCGCGACAAUUCCUGGAUUAACUAUUUCCGUGAUCGUUGGAAAACUCACUCAUGGAAAUGAAACAGUCGAAGCAUGGCGUGUUGUUUUCUUCAUCACAGUGAUAUUUUACAUAGUCGAAAUGUUGGUUUACACGAUGUUUGGAACUGGUGAAGAGCAACCGUGGAACAAAGUUGAUGAAUUGAAUGUUGAUAUCGAAGAAGCAACGGAUCAAAAAAUUCAUCUAAAAGAAAAUCAUGAAUCAUGAAGAGAACAAAAUUAAUUUUAAAAUAAAUUUAAAUGAAAUUUAAAAAAUAAAUCCACACAGGAUUAAC